AUGAACGGCGUCGUCGGAGGCGGCGGGAUGGCCAUGCUUUCCGCUGAGGGCCGGAGCUGUUACCCGCUGCCCGGGCCGGGCUUCGCGGGGCUCAAGGGCUGCCCCUCCGCCCCCGGGCACCACCCCCAGCCCCCCUGGGACGCCGCCGCCGCCGCCAAGGGAUGCCCGGACCCGGCCAGGGCUUCGGCUGCUGCUGGGGCCGCUGCUCCGUCGGGGCGCUGCAAAGGCUCCUCCAAGCGCCGCCGCCGCCGCUCCAGCUCCCCGGAGCUGCUCCGUUGCAAGCGGCGCCUGGCCUUCCCGGCGGGGCUGGCGGCGGCACAAGGAGGAGGAGGAGGAGGAGGAGGCCCGGGCUCUGCGGCGGUGGCGCGCCGGAACGAGCGGGAGCGGAACCGGGUGAAGCUGGUCAACCUGGGCUUCCAGACCCUGCGGCAGCACGUGCCCAACGGGGCCGCCGCCAAGAAGAUGAGCAAAGUGGAGACCCUCCGCUCGGCCGUCGAGUACAUCCGCGCCCUCCAGCAGCUCCUCCGCGAGCACGACGGCGCCCGGCCCUUCCUGCCCGCCCCGGGCCCCGAGGCCAGCGCCGGCUCCCUCUCCUCCUCGGCCUCCGUGCCCGCCUCGCCCCGCUCCGCCUACUCCUCCGACGAGAGCGGCUACGAGGGCGCCCUCAGCCCCGAGGAACAGGAGCUCCUCGACUUCACCUCCUGGUUCGGCAGCUACUGAGC